AUGACUCAGGCGCAGAUCUCCUCCUCUCGCAAGCAGUGCGACUUCGCUAAGCUGCUAAUGGCAGGCUAUGAUCUGGAACUUAAUAACAAGAACACACAAGACUUCAACGUCGUCUUCCACGGCCCCAAAGAGACUAUAUACGAAGGAGGCGUCUGGAGGGUGCAUGUAACUCUGCCCGAUGAUUAUCCUUUUUCUUCUCCGUCUAUCGGCUUUUUGAAUAAAAUACUUCAUCCCAACGUCGACGAAGCAUCUGGAUCCGUUUGUCUUGAUGUCAUCAACCAGACGUGGACCCCUCUCUACAGUUUGGUGAACGUAUUCGACGUAUUUUUGCCGCAGCUGCUGACAUACCCCAAUCCACAAGACCCUUUGAACAGCGAAGCUGCCUCUCUGCUGAACAGAGACAAGGCGCAGUACGAGCAGAAAGUAAAAGAACACGUGCUGAAAUACGCCAGUAGAGACUCAUGGGAGAGGGAGCAGGCACGCAAGAAGCAGGAGGAGGCUCAAGAAAGGAGGAGAGAGGUAGAAGAACCGCAACUAAGGGAGCUUUCACGUGUCGACGACGAAGCGGACGGAGCAGACAUCGACAGUUUAUAA